UUGCAGGAUAUGUCUGAUGUCUGCGUCGGAACGAGUGUUGGAACAAUCACAGAACCAGAAUGUCUGGGACCGUGCGAACCUGGAACCUCGGUGACACUGGAAGGCAUCGUUUGGCACGAGACUGAAGGAGGUGUAUUAGUCGUGAAUGUAACGUGGCGAGGAAAAACGUACGUCGGUACGUUAUUGGACUGCACGAGACACGACUGGGCGCCACCCCGAUUCUGCGAUUCUCCAACGAGCGACCUGGACGCGAGGACCCCAAAAGGCCGAGGCAAGCGAGGCCGUGCUGCAGCGAACGCAACGCCCGGGAACGACCUCAGCAACUUCACCGAGACACGGAGUUCCGUGCACAGCAAGCUCCGGAACGGCGGAAAAGGCCGAAGAGGCGCCCAAGGAUCUCCAGCGGCAAGCCCUAGUCCCGCGGCGUUUGUUCCCCCACGGCCCGACCCGGCCGCCAAGCGAAAAUCUCGCGGCCCCGAAGAAGAGGAAAAGAGCAAGCGAAGAGCUCCCCCUCAAACCCCUCCCAGCGGGUCUCCACCCGCGAGUCCCGUUUUAUACGAGUGCCCUGAGCCGAACUGCAGCAAAAAGUACAAAAACCAAAACGGGCUCAAGUACCACCAGAACCACGCCCACGGUUCCGCCGACGACGAAGACACCAAGGAAGGAGUCACCAGCAUGUCCGAGAAUGACGAGAGCAACAUCGAAGCCCCCAGUCCCGCAACUCCCGUCAAGUCUCCAGUGGACAAGCCAGAGAGCACUCCAGUGAGAGCCUCCAGUCCGCCUGCAGCGACGCUUCCUCCAGCCACGCCUACUCCCCCUCCCAGAGUCCCCUCCCCCACGGCUGAUCCCCCGACGCCGAUUCUCGCCGACAAAACGAGUAUAGUCAAGCCUGGAGUCCUCAGGUUCGGGCAAGACGACCUUCCAGCGCCUGCAGCCGCUGCAACGACGGUUCCUCCAGCGACGGUGGUUCCGCCCAGUCCCAGACAGCCCCCGGUGCAGCAAGUCUCGCCAGCGAACCCCCCACCACAAAGUCCCAGCCCCCACCCGAGUCCGCAUCCCAGUCCGUCGCCCAGGCCCGUUCCGUCGCCGCACUUACCGACAAACAUUCCUCAGCCGAUAAAUAUACCUCAGCCCCCACCACCCAGCCAGGUGGUGCAGCACCAGCCGCAGAACCAGAUCCUCCAGCCGCAGAACCUCACUGGCCAGCCGAUGCAGCCUGGCCAGCUGAUGAGUCCUCAGCCCCAGCUGCAGCCGCAAUUGCAGCCCGCUCACCAGUUACCGCCGGUUCAGCACCCUGUUCAGGCGCAGUUGGGCCAGCCAGCCCCUGCCCACAUGGUCCACCAGCCCGGUCUUCCACCUCAGCAGGCCCCGCCUCAGCAGCAGCCGGGUCUUCAAGCUUUAAACCAGCACCCAGGCCUCCAGGGGCUGACGAAUCAAUUGCCUCAACCUGGGCUCCAGAGCACGCCUCCUUCUGGCCACCCGGUCCAGUCGCACAUGCAGUACCCCACCGUGGGGCUCCAUCCCAAGAUGCCCCAGUUCAAGGUUAAGCCCACGGCUGCCCUGAUGCCUGAGCAGGACAAGUCCAAGGACCCCAGGUCGUCGAAGCCUCAGGGGUACAAGAAGAAGUCCAGGAAGUCCCCGGGUGGAAGCCCCCACCCGUCGCCCCUUGAGGCCCCGAUCAUCGACUCCGCGAGGGAGGAUGUCCAGAGUCCAGCGUACUCUGAUAUUUCAGACGACGGCGCGCCGGUGCUCGAGGCCGAGUCUGCUGACAAGCUCAAGCAGGGCCAGGAGAAGGACGUCAAGGCUGGGAUGCAGACCCACGUUCCUCAGCACUAUGGAAUGUUCCCGUACUUCGGGCAGCCCCCGUACCUGGUGCCCAGUGUCCAGGACAAGCCUGGCGAGCAGAAGCCCAGUGAUUUGACUCCUAAGCAGGAUAUCAAGCCGCUUAAUAUACCCCAGAUGCCCCUGAUGGCCAGCUUGCAGAACUCCGAGAAGGAGAAGAAGGAGCUCAGUCAGCCACCGCCGCAGCAGCAGUCGCAUUAUUAUAAUAAUUAUGGGACCUACAUUCCCUCUCCGUAUUCCUACCAGCCUCAGCCGGUCGCGCAGCCCCAGCAGCCUCAGCAGCAGGAGAUGGUCGACAGAAUGGACGAGCAGAAAAAUAAGAUUAAGCAGGAAGUUCAGCAGCAGCAGCAGCAGCAGCAGCAGUCCAGUAUCAAGGACAAGCAGCAUGAAAACCAUCAGAUUCUUAAAGAGAGCAUUGAGAUGAAGAGCCAGAUGAGUCCUUAUCAUAGGCGGAAAGAGGAGCCAGUAAAGCCUCCCCAACAGCCAAAACCUCCGCCACCGAGUCCGAAGCACCAGCCGAAGCAGGAAAAGCCGCAGGACCUCGGGAAGAGCGAGGAGUCGAAGAAUAAGCAAGAAGGCGUAAAACCGACAAUGGAAACCCAGGGUCCACCUCCGCCUCCAACUUCGCAGUACGCGUACAUCCACCACCCGAGUUACAUGCCUCCCCAGCACUACGGAGUGCCGUUCGACCCGAACCACUCAGUGUACCGGGGGCUGAGUCCGAUGCUGAUCCCGGGCCCGUUCUCGGGGAACCCGUACCUCCUGCCGAGGUUCCACGCCCCGGAGGACCUGAGCAGACCCCAAGGCGGGAAAGCGCUGGACCUUCUGCAGCACCACGCGAGCCAGUACUACUCGACGCACAAAAUUCACGAGCUCCAGGAGCGAGCUCUGAAAUCCCCUACGCCGAAGACUUCAGCGGCGUCGGCUAGUCCUUCCUCGGCGGGUCCAGCACCCGCGCGGCCGCCCAGCGGUCCUCCGACCUCGGUGGCUGGCGGACCCGGGCCACCUCCUGGACAGGGCCCUCAGCAGGGAAAGCAGCAGCCGAACAACCCCCAGCAGCAAGGACCUGGCGACAACGGUAGCGGGAACCUUGGAAAAGACACCAGAUCUCCGCCUCCACAGAGGCACGUCCACACUCACCAUCACACUCACGUCGGGCUGGGCUAUCCUUUGAUACCCGGGCAGUAUCCCGCGCCCUACGGAGCGGCCGUGCUGGCGAGUCAGCAGGCUGCCGCAGUAGCCGCUUCGGUGAUCUCGCCCUUCCCGCCCAAGUGA